UGCUGUCUUGUCGCAGUUGGGUCCUGUGUGUGGCUCCUCAGUCGUUUUUCGUCAUGUUUUUGAGGGCCCAGCUGCGUAUCUGCCAGUGCUGUCUUUGGUGCUACAAAAGCAGCUCACGUCUCCUCUCUCAAAGCUCCGUGCGAAGAAAGGCUGUGAAUUAUUAUGAUCUCUUGGGAGUCAAAAGUGAUGCAACGUUGGAGGAAAUAAAAAAUGCAUUUUUUCUCAAAUCUAAAAAGCUGCACCCAGACAGCGAUCCAUCCAACCCGGACUUACACUGUGAGUUUGUGAACCUGAAUCAGGCCUACCGGGUAUUGAGUAAGCAGUCAAGCAGGAAGGAGUACGACCUCAAAAUUAAGUAUUCAUACAGCAGGGACCAGCCCUUCAGAGCUACAUCUGGUUCCACCUACACAGCCAGCACGGAAAACCAGAAUAUGCGUUACUGGAAGCAAUUUCACUAUGCAAACCAGAUGAGUGCGGAGGAGCAGCAGAAGCAGAAGAAGAAGAAGUUGUACACAGUAUUCUACUGUAUCAUCGGUAUGAUGGUCAGCAUUGGAAUACACAUGUUAUUAUUCAGGAAACUGCAAGAAAUUCACAUUAACUACAUGAACGAGAAAGACAGAGUCCUCACAAAAAUUUACAAUGAAGCCAAAGAGAGAGCCAGGUCCAAGAGUUUUGAAAAACAGAUUGAAGUAAUGCUUAAGAAACAAGCUGAGUUCAACACAAUCCAAUCCAAUGGGCCAGACAAGUAGGAGCACCUCCAGCUGUGCUGGGAACACUGGGAGAGCUGGGCUCCAUCGGCUCAGUUUUGUUUGAGUUGCCAACAGGUGGAAGCUGCUGGACUGAAUAUGGUAGUAGUUUCAAAAUUUCAGGUUUUUGGUUUUGUUUUUAUUUAUUUAAACGAAACAUUGUGAGCCACCCAUAUGGAUCUGAUACAAUUUUGAAGGUUUGAGG